AUGACGGUGGAUGGGGAGGGGUUGAUGGGCGGCGAGGCGGAGGAGGGCGAGCCGGUGCCAGAGGGGGCCCACCAGGCGGUGGAGGUGGACCCCACGGGGCGAUUUUCGCGGUUCGACGUGGUCCUGGGGAAGGGCGCCUCCAAGAUCGUGUACAAGGGCUUUGACAGGGUGCAGGGCAUCGAGGUGGCGUGGAACCAGGUCAAGCUCCCAGAGAGCGUGAGGGAUUUGACCCUCACGCGCCUGUUCUCUGAGAUUUCCGUGCUGAGGAAGCUGAAGCACAGGAACAUUAUGAAAUUCUACACUUCAUGGGUGGACAACAAACAGCGCACGGUGAACUUCAUUACAGAGUACUUCCAUUCUGGGACUCUGAGAAGGCACCGGAUGACACACAAGUGUGUCACCCUGCAGGUUUUAAAACGCUGGGCAUGGCAGAUCCUUCAGGGUCUUGUGUACCUCCAUGGCCACCACCCGCCCAUCAUCCACAGGGACUUGAAGUGCGACAACAUUUUCAUUCAUGGGGUGACUGGCGAGGUGAAGAUCGGUGACCUGGGCAUGGCCAAGCUCCUGACUGCAGGCCUGUCAAAAGCCCAGAGUGUCCUAGGUACUCCUGAGUACAUGGCACCUGAGCUGUACGACGAGAGGUACAAUGAAAAGAUCGACAUCUACGCCUAUGGGAUGUGCCUCAUGGAGCUUGUGACGAUGGAGUUUCCCUACAUGGAAUGUGACAACAGAUGUCAGAUCUUCAGGAAGGUCACCUUGGGCGUCUACCCAGCUGCGCUCGCACGGAUCGAGGAAACCGAGGUUCGCGACUUUAUUGAGCUCUGCAUUUCACAUGACCACAUUCAACGGCCUUCAGCUAGGGAGCUUCUGAAGAACCCCUUCUUUGACAGCCUCCGCGCACAGGGCAUGGGUGCACUUGGUCACAACUUCAGCGAGGCUUCCAUGGCGUGCCCUGCAGUCAUCUCACUUCCAGGCGCCAAGACCUUUAGCCUGAGGCUAACGGAGGUCCAGGGGAGGAUGCUGAAGUUCAAACUGGGCAUCAAGGCCUCUGAAGGGGCUGCACAGUGCUUCGCCUUCCCUUUCGAUGCCCUGUUGGACACAGUGGAGGCUGUGGCAGAGGAGAUGGAGACAGACUUUGAGCUUACGCCUGCUGAGGCUGAGGUCUUCAAGCUGGUGCUGGAGGCGGAAGUGGCCAAGGCGCGACCGCUGGUGGACCUUGAGACCAACACGUCUGGCCCAUUGUCCCCAGUGCCCGCUGGUGGGAGCUCCUCUGAGAGGACUGCGAGCUGCGACGGGACCUUGUCAGAUCUUGCCAGCCUGGCAGCAAGUGCAUCAGAGCCAUGUCUAACGGGCAAAGCAGCGAGCAGGUUGUUUGCGCAGGGCGGAUCGGGAGACAAGCUUGCUCGCAAGACGGUGCGGCCAUUGGUUGGCAAUGGUACCAAGGGGCAUUCUGGAAAGCUGCCGAUCAGGUGCCGUAGUGAUGGAGAAGUGCGUCUCAGUCCGUGGGUGCUGGAGGAUAUGUUGGCUGGGGUUGCUGGACUGAUCCACGGUGACUCAGGCUCUCGAGGCGUCCAGGUUCGCUCACUGAUGAGGAAACGGUGCAAAUCGGAGCCAGCCCUGGUUCUGGAGAAACUGCCUGAGUGUGAGGACAGCAGUGCAGCAAUGGGGCCCAGACAGCACUCAACAUGCUCUCGCACCUGUGUCAGCAGCAAAGCCCUUGCUGCAGUGGGCAACUCAAGUGACAUGCCAAUGGUCGAUGACCAAAAUGGGGGCAAUGGCGGACCAGAAGCGCACCCAGUCUGGCGAUCUGGGUCUUUGCUCAAGUCGGAUCGAGCUGCUGAGGUGCUGUGGGGAAGCAUCUGCAUGCCUGAAGAGGGGGCGACCAGUGCUGGCCAUGCUGAGGCAUCAUCAUCCUGUGUGCCCCGUAUGCCAAGCUUGCUUACUGGGCCAAAAAUUGCUUCGGGCGCUCUCCCCGUAAAGGGGGGCAUGUGUCCGCACCCUGUGGCUGCACAGGUGCCGGGCGCAGUGGCUCAUGACAGGGAACGAGAAGGUCAAGGGCAGGCAGGGUCGGCACAAGACUUCGUGGGUAUGAUCGGUGGCUUGUCCCGAAGGCGGUCGUGGUCGUCUUCCCUCACGUCCCAGCUCACGUCCCAGGGAGAGGAGACCGCAGAGGGCGCGUGUCAGUGGUCGCAGCAGGAAAUCAAGCCGAGGGACAUCCUGGCCAGCGGGGACAGUGGGGGGUCAGGGGGUUUCGCUGCCGCGAGAAGGGGCUCGAUGGACAACAUCCACAGGAAUGGGCAUGGGCACAGCAGGCGCCGCAGUGCUGAGCGCUUCAGGGGCCACGGUGGUAUGGAUGGCUUGUCCAGUGGCAGGCUGCCCAGCCAUGCAAGGCGGCAGUCCGCCAGGGAGAUCCGCUGGCAGGGGUCGACGCUGUCGCCCGUGGACAUGGCGGGCCUGGACAGCGUGGACAGGAUGGGGAGGUCUGCGUCGGUGCCCAUCAAGCCCCCGGUGUCAGGAUCGGCAACGCUGCCACCCCUGACCAGCAGGUACUCGUCUCCUUGUGGGAGCAUGGCCCGUGACCGAGGCUUGUGGAGGACGCUGACCUCGAAGGUGAUGAGGCGGAGGAGGGCUGACCAGCAGAUGGACAGCACGGAGUCGCCGAACUUCGAUUCGCUGGGCUCCUUCCGGCGGUCUCUUGGCUCCUGCGUGCCCGUGCAGCGGCCCAGCGACUCUCCGCUGAUCUUGUCCCACCUCGAGGCAAUGUGA